UGUGUUAACUUUUUUUUUUUUUUCCCCGCUCAUUUUAUAGACAUACAAGAAAGACGGAGGAUUUUUCCCGCCAAAAAGAACCAUUCAGAGGGCCGAAAACAGUGACCUCAGAGAGAGAGAGAGAGAGAGAGAGAGGGAGAUGAGCAGCUCGACGAGGAAGAAGGUGCAGAGGAAAUGCAAGAUCAGAGGGUACACCCUCAAGGUAGACGCUCUCGACGACAUUCUCUCCUUCGUCGCUCGAUUCAAUGACUCCGAUUCAGACGAAGCCAUCGAUCUGCUACUCGACCAGCUCGAGCAUCAAUCCUUGAAAUCGACGAUCAUAGAUAAGGAGGCGGUGAACGGCGUUAUCAGUCUUCUGCUAGAGGCUGAAGCUGCAGUCGACGACGAAACCUCAGACAACCCUGCCACCACUGCCACGUCAGCCAUUCGCGUAAUCGAUGCUUUCUUGGUCCCCAAGUUCCGUUACGAUUCCAUCAAGAAGCUUUUCUAUGAGCAUACUGGGAGCUUGCCCAUUCAUGGUGAUGCUUCUGCAAAAGCAGCUUUAUACAGGGAUAGGUUUUUCUUGCUGUUCCAGAGGCUUUCUCGUGAUCAACAUUUUUCCAAACCUGCCUUUAGUUCUGAACUGUCACAUUUUGGAAGCUGUGAGAUAUCUCCAAUUCAGUCUCUGGUUGGGCAAACGGGGAGAAGAUGGGUCAUGGGUGUGAUAUCUCAAUUGGAGGAUGGUCACUUUUACUUGGAAGACCUUACCGCUUCAGUAGAGAUUAAUUUAGCUAACACAAAGAUAACUACAGGAUUUCUUUCAGAGAACACCAUAGUAGUUGCAGAAGGUGAAAUGCUUGUAGAGGGUAUAUUUCAGGUUAUUACCUGUGGAUUUCCUCCACUGGAGGACAGAGAGAAGUCACUCAAGGUGCUUGCAGGACAUGACUUUUUUGGUGGUGGUAUACUAACGAAAGAGGAGACUCUUAGACUUGCAGAUUUGGAGAAAAAAGCAGUUAAUGAUAUGUUUGUCAUAAUCUCUGAUGUGUGGCUAGACAACGAAGAGGCUAUGGGAAAGCUAGGAACUGUCCUUGAUGUUUUUGAGAAUGAGGAGGUGGUUCCUUCCUUGUUUGUGUUCAUGGGGAAUUUUUGUUCCCACCCAUGCAACCUUUCAUUUCACUCUUUUUCAAGUCUCAGAUCACAAUUUGGCAAGCUUGGGCAAAUGAUUGGAAACCAUCCGCGGCUGAAAGAGCAUAGUCGGUUUCUGUUUAUCCCAGGCCCUGAUGAUGCAGGUCCAUCAACAGUUCUACCCAGAUGUACUUUACCAAAGUAUUUAACUGAAGAGCUUCAGAAUCACAUUCCAAAUGCUAUAUUUUCAAGUAAUCCAUGCAGAGUCAAGUUCUACACCCAGGAAAUUGUAUUUUUUCGUCAAGAUCUGCUGUAUAGAAUGCGCCGUUCGUGUUUGGUGCCCCCUUCCACAGAAGAAACCGAUGAUCAUUUUGAGCAUCUUGUUGCUACAAUAACCCAUCAAAGUCAUCUUUGCCCACUUCCUCUCUCAGUGCAGCCCAUUAUCUGGAACUAUGAUCACUCUCUCUAUCUUUAUCCAACACCUCAUACGAUAGUUUUGGGGGACAGAAGCAAGCAGAAGGCAUUUAAAUACACAGGAAUAACAUGUUUCAAUCCUGGUUCCUUCUCAAGCGAGAGUACCUUUGUGGCAUAUCGUCCUUGCAAUCAGGAAGUUGAAUUGUCCGCAUUAUAAGGAUCAGAGAGUGAGUUUACGCAGCUAAAAUGAUAUUCUCAUCGUUCUUUGCCUACAGUAACAUCCUUGACAGCAUAAGCUGCUAGAAUGAUUUUCCGCACUAUUGUUUAGCAGGCUCCUAUAGUCCUGUGCAUGAAGCUGAUAAGGGUCUUGGGCUCACCUUAUUACUGAUGAUGGUAGAAUUUCCCGGACCCAGAGCUCUAUUUUAUUGACUUUUGACGUAAAGCUGGAUUUCACCCUGCCAGGAAGUACAAAUUUCUUUUGUACAGUAUAGCAGUAGGCUUUUAAUGAUUUGCAUAGAAGUAUGCUUAUGUUAUCUUAGGUUUUAUAUUCAAGAAACGCAAUAUUAUGUAUGAUAAAAGAUGGUUCCUAGUAUUUCAUUCUUAUCCUUCAUUUAUUUAAAUGUCGCAUACUGUGUUUGUUUGCUCUAUUAAUAAUUGGACUAUUUU